CAAAUCAGUGUGUGCAAUUGAUGAAACCAUAUAGCGUUCCUUCACUUUCAUCACAGUAUAGGCCUAAUUAAACUGCACCAAGCAAGGAAUGCUCACUGCCUCUGCAUGUUUCUUUGUGUAAAUGCUGUCAAAUUAAUUAGCCAGAUUGAUGAUUUAGGCCCUUUGCUAGAUCUAACCAGCUAUCUGUGAAACACGCGCCAAUCUAGUCUUCCUGACAUGUGAAAAGAAGUGACGAGCUGACACUUAACGAAAAGAUUCUUAUAUAGACACACGUCAUGUAUAGACACACGUACGCCAGCUAAAUUGUUAUAUCAAUAAUUUUUAUGAUACUGGAACACUGAAUUGUGUGUGACUUGACACAUUCAUUUUAAUUUACCACAACUUCCAUUUCCUCUGACAUUUUAACUUCCUGUUUGACAUGUGCAAUAAAAUCUCUAUACUUGAUUUGAAGAAGCCUUGAAAUUAAACAAGCAACCAAGCAGACUGUACCAGUUGUCCCAUCACAAGACUAGAGACAAAAAGUGGUUUUCUAAGAUGAGCACAUCAUUGAUGCGAGCUGUGGCAAAUGAUCAUGUCAAUGUUUUCGAUGCGUUAGUCAAAGAAUUUAAAAACAAUUGUCAUGUCCAAGGUUACAGAAGUCGAAAUCUACUUCACUAUGCAUGCAAAGGUGGCCAUGUAGAACUGAUAGACAAGCUGGUGAUGGAAUAUGGCCUCGAACCCACAGUUAGUGAUGAUGAUGGAGACACACCUCUUCAUAUUGCAGCCGCUACAGGACAUGUUGAAACAGUGAGACACCUGAUCAGUAAGCACAGAGCUGAUAUUCAUUGCACUAAUAAUAAGAACAGCACAUCAUUGAUGCUAGCUGUGGCAAAUGGCCAUGUGAAUGUUUUCGAUGCGUUGGUCAAAGAAUUUAAGAACAAUUGUCAUGUCCGAGGUUACAAAAGUCGAAAUUUAGUUCACUAUGCAUGCGAUGGUGGACAUAUAGAACUAAUAGACAAGCUGGUGAUGGAAUAUGGCCUUGAACCCACAGUUAGUGAUGACGAUGGAAACACACCUCUACAUAUUGCAGCUUUGAAAGGACAUGUUGAAACAGUGAGACACCUGAUCAGUAAGUACGGUGCUGAUAUCGAUUGCACUAAUAAUCAGAGCAGCACGUCAUUGAUGCUAGCUGUGAGAAAUGGUCAUGUCAAUGUUUUCGAUGCGUUAGUCAAAGAAUUUAAGAACAAUUGUCAUGUCCGAGGUUACAAAAGUCAAAAUCUAGUUCACUAUGCAUGCGAAGGUGGCCAAAUAGAACUGAUAGACAAGCUGGUGAUGGAAUAUGGCCUCGAAUCCACAGUUAGUGAUGAUGAUGGAAACACACCUCUACAUAUUGCAGCCAUGUUUGGACAUGUUGAAACAGUGAGACACCUGAUCAAAGUAUUUAAGAACAAUUGUCAUGUCCGAGGUUACAGAAGUCGAAAUCUAGUUCACUAUGCAUGCGAAGGUGGCCAAAUAGAACUGAUAGACAAGCUGGUGAUGGAAUAUGGCCUCGAACCCACAGUUAGUGAUGAUGAUGGAAACACACCUCUACAUAGUGCAGCUUCGAACGGACAUGUUGAAACAGUGAGACACCUGAUCAGCAAGCACAGUGCUGAUAUCGAUUGCACUAAUAAUAAGAACAGCACAUCAUUAAUGCUAGCUGUGGCAAAUGGCCAUGUUAAUGUUUUCGAUGCGUUGGUCAAAGAAUUUAGGAACAAUUGUCAUGUCCGAGGUUACAAAAGUCGAAAUCUAGUUCACUAUGCAUGCAAAGGUGGCCAAAUAGAACUGAUAAACAAGCUGGUGAUGGAAUAUGGCCUCGAACCCACAGUUAGUGAUGAUGAUGGAAACACAUCUCUACAUAUUGCAGCUUCGAAAGGACAUGUUGAAACAGUGAGACACCUGAUCAGCAAGCACGGUGUUGAUAUCGAUUGCACUAAUAAUCAGAACAGCACAUCAUUGAUGCUAGCUGUGAGAAAUGGUCAUGUCAAUGUUUUCGAUGUGUUAGUCAAAGAAUUUAAGAACAAUUAUCAUGUCCAGCUGGUGAUGGAAUAUGGCCUCAAAUCCACAGUUAGUGAUGACGAUGGAAACACACCUCUACAUAUUGCAGCCGGAGCAGGACAUGUUGAAACAGUGAGACACCUGAUCAAUAAGCACAGUGCUGAUAUCGAUUGCACUAAUAAUCAGAACAGCACAUCAUUGAUGCUAGCUGUGGCAAAUGGUCAUGUCAAUGUUUUCGAUGCGUUAGUCGAAGAAUUUAAGAACAAUUAUCGUGUCCAAACUUACGAAAGUCGAAAUCUAGUUCACUAUGCAUGCUAUGGUGGACAUAUAGAACUAAUAGACAAGCUGGUGAUGGAAUAUGGCCUCGAAUCCACAGUUAGUGAUGACGAUGGAAACACACCUCUACAUAUUGCAGCUUUGAAAGGACAUGUUGAAACAGUGAGACACCUGAUCAAUAAGCACAGUGCUGAUAUCGAUUGCACUAAUAAUCAGAACAGCACAUCAUUGAUGCUAGCUGUGGCAAAUGGUCAUGUCAAUGUUUUCAAUGCGUUAGUCAAAGAAUUUAAGAACAAUUAUCAUGUCCAAGGUUGCGAAAGUCGAAAUUUAGUUCACUAUGCAUGCUAUGGUGGACAUAUAGAACUAAUAGACAAGUUGGUGAUGGAAUAUGGCCUCGAAUCCACAGUUAGUGAUGACGAUGGAAACACACCUCUACAUAUUGCAGCCAUGUUUGGACAUGUUGAAACAGUGAGACGCCUGAUCAGUAAGCACAGUGCUGAUAUCGAUUGCACUAAUAAUCAGAACAGCACAUCAUUGAUGCUAACUGUGGCAAAUGGUCAUGUCAAUGUUUUCGAUGCGUUAGUCAAAGAAUUUAAGAACAAUUAUCAUGUCCAAGGUUACAAAAGUCGAAAUCUAGUUCACUAUGCAUGCGAUGGUGGACAUAUAGAACUAAUAGACAAGCUGGUGAUGGAAUAUGGCCUCGAAUCCACAGUUAGUGAUGACGAUGGAAACACACCUCUACAUAUUGCAGCCAUGUUUGGACAUGUUGAAACAGUGAGACACCUGAUCAGUAAGCACAGUGCUAAUAUCGAUUGCACUAAUAAUCAGAACAGCACAUCAUUGAUGCUAACUGUGGCAAAUGGUCAUGUCAAUGUUUUCAAUGCGUUAGUCAAAGAAUUUAAGAACAAUUAUCAUGUCCGAGGUUACAAAAGUCGAAAUCUAGUUCACUAUGCAUGCGAUGGUGGACAUAUAGAACUAAUAGACAAGUUGGUGAUGGAAUAUGGCCUCGAACCCACAGUUAGUGAUGAUGAUGGAAACACACCUUUACAUAUUGCAGCUUCGAAAGGUCAUGUUAACACAGUGAGACACCUGAUCAGGAAGCACAGUGCUGAUAUCUAUUGCACUAAUAAUAAGAAAAGUACUCCAUUGUGUUUAGCUGCGGCAUAUGGUCAUGAGAUUGUGAUACAUACUCUGAUAGAGUUUAAUUGUAGUCCACACAUCAGAGGCUACAAUGGUCAAACUCUGCUUCAUUAUGCAUGCCAAAAUGGUCAUAUAAAACUAUUAAAUAAACUGGUAACUGAACAUAAGGUGGAUCCAUCAAUUAGAGACAAUGAUGGGAACACACCUCUGCAUCUUCUGUGUCGUACCCUGCAUACGGAAGAAGAGAAAUUGAGAAUAAUCCUUUGUGAGUACCAGUACUGGACAGUGUUUCAAGUUAAUAAUAACGGUAACACCCCUCUUCACACAGCAACUCGAUAUGGGCAAGCUGAUUGUGCAUACUUACUAUUGCAGAAGUACAAUGCUCCACUAUUUGUGCAAAAUAAAGAUGGUAGGACGGCCCUUGAUUUAGCUAAAGCUCUGGGAAAUCGACAUAUUGGUAGUAUUUUCUUAAGUCAUAAUUUUGAAAUUCAAUCAACCUAUGAGCAACUAGAUAAACUUGCUAAAAAAGAAUUUUCUGGUGAAAAAAACCUCACCAGAAUAUUUGUUGUAGGUCAUCCAGGUGCAGGGAAAUCCACACUUGUUGAGACUAUUAAGAAAGAAGGUUUCUUCAGCUACUUCAGCACAUCAACUGUAAAACUCCACACUGCAGGUAUUAUUCCAAGUACUUAUGACAGUAAUGCUUAUGGAAGAAUGAUACUCUAUGAUUUUGCUGGUGAUUCUGAGUACUACUCCUCACAUGCUGCAAUUAUGGAGUCAAUCAAUACAUCGAAAGGAAGUAAUAUCUAUCUGAUAGUUUGUGAUUUGAGUGAAGGUGAAGAAGCUGCUGUCACUAAAUACAGCUACUGGCUUUCAUUUCUAUCAUACAAUAUUAAGCAAUUUUCAAACACGAUUAUCUUACCAGUGGGAAGCCAUGCUGAUAAUUUCACGAACAAAGCGUCAGUUCAACAAGUAUUACGUGUAUUAAACGAUGUAUCACAAAAGUUCUGCAACAGCUCCAAUAUUGAUAAUUUACACAUAGAACGAAGUGUUGCUCUUGAUUGCCGUAACCGAGGAGCUGCAGUCGAUAGCAUCAAGAAACUUGCUACGAAAUUCUUCGAUUUAGUAUCCCCCGUCAGACUUUCCCCAGAGACAAGGACUCUCUUGGGAUUGUUGAGAAAAGAUUUUGAACACAUUCCAGCUUGUAAAGUAAACCUUCUUAUCUUUCACAUAGAAGAUACUGGAAUUCCGUUGCCACUAAAUUCUUCAUCACUCUACACUCUCAUAAGAGAGUUACAUGAUUUUGGCCUACUAAUGUUGAUAGAGAAAGAAGGGGACUCCAUUAAGAACCACAUAAUCAUUCUCAAGAUAUCAGCAUUCACAUCAGAUGUACACAAUAAACUAUUUUCAACGUCUGCUAAAGCUAACCUCACCAAGCACAUCGAUCAACUCAAGCUCAGCGUAGGUAUUAUUCCAGAAUCACUACUGGAGAAAGUACUGCCAGAGUACAUCACAAAAGAAAGUCUACUUAAGCUGCAGUACUGUCACAAAAUUGAAAAUUUGCACGUGGAAGAGGACCACACUCUUUCUCAAAUCACGGUCCCAACAGAGUGUGUAACUAAAGAGAAAUAUCAUCUAUUUUUCCCUGCUCUAUGUGAUCUCAAGCUCGAGGAAAUUCAAUGGCCAAAGUUCGAAGGUGAUAAAAUUACCUGGGGAUGGUAUGCUAAAUGUGAUGGUGACAGAUUUGAUUUCUUCCCAACACGAUUUCUUCACGUGCUUAUCGUUCAUCUCUCUCACAACUUUGCACUAAAACAAAGCUUGCCCACAAGACACAGACUCUCUACUACAGCUUCCGAUUCUUUGAUUGCAGAGGUAUAUGCUGCCAAUCCUCGCUGUCGUGUCUGGUCGACUGGUCUGCAUUGGCUUAUGAAGAAUGGAGUAGAGGUAUUUGUCGAUAUGCCUAAAGAUGCUGAUAGUAAAGAGUUGAUUGUACUAGUAAGGAGUGGCAGCAAAAAUCGAGUCGAAUGUUUGAACACUCUGCAGCUAGUUAUUCAGAAGGUAGUCGAAACAAAAGUUGAAUUCUGUGCUAGUAUAGUGCCUACUGUUUACCUUCUUGAUCCGAGUAACCUCGAGGAUGAACCUUUUACAAAUGCUAGAAAUGCACCUAAAUAUGCUCUAAGUGAUAUUGAAGAGGCACUAGCAGAAGGCACUGAGCGAGUCAUGGAUAAAGAAGGACAAUGCUUCUCCUCUCCGAUCAAUAAUUGGAUCAGCCCAACAAGUUGGGCCAUUACAUACUGGAAUUGGUUGUUUCCAAUGGAUACAGUCUUGGUUCACUCUCUUUUACAAGAAGUAAAUGGUGCUCAAUGGAAACUGCUAGGAAUGAGUCUUGCGAUCCCCUGGAACAAAUUAGAUGACAUUGAGAAUGAAGCAUCCUUCCCUGGUGACAUUGCUAAGAAAGAAGAAGUAAUUCGACUAUGGAUGUCUCAAGAACCCACCUGGACAGUGUUGGUAGACGCUCUCAGUCAAUCUGCAUAUGGAUGGUCACAGAAUUCAAGUCAAAUCUCACAAGAGCACAAUGUGACUCUACAAGAAAAAAUACUCUGCGAAAGCAAUUCAUCCCUCCGUCCUGAUGAGGACUUUCUUCAAUCUUUUGCUGCCAUUAUUAGCUCUCGAUGGCAGAGUCUUGCUUCUCCUCUCUCCCUCACUUCUGAAGACAUUGUGAGCAUCAAGAGAGAGACAAAAGGAGUAAAGCCGACCAGACAAGCACUCGUCAUGCUGCAGAAGUGGGCAGCCAGGGAGACGGCAACUUAUGGUCAGUUGAGAGAGAGACUCCGAACACUCUCAGUGUUUCAUAUCUGAGAAAAGUAUGUAGAUAAUUAUGUCUGUUUACGAUAAUGUAUCACCUUGUUUGUGUCAUGCUUUGCUAUUAAAUUUAAGCACAUCAAUUCACAACAGCACUUUCAAUUUACAUUUUUUCACACUGCACUGCAAUACACAGCCUUAAAAUAAGCACUUGUUAGUUACUUGAUUUUGUUAAUUCUUAUUAGUCAAUUAGUGCUCCCUCAAAUAAUUUUUGUACUGCAGCUAGAGCUUCAACUAGUAUUGUACAAAACUUCUGUAACAGCUCUAAGAUUAACUCUAAUGUCGUAAACGAGGAGCUGUGAAUGACUCAUCGUCCUCUGUCGGAUUUUCCCCGGAGACAAGCUCUCUUCUGGGAUUGUUGAAAAACACUUUGACUACAUUCCAGCUUAUAAAGUAUGCCUCCUUAUCUCUCACAUAGAAGAUACUGAAAUUCCGCUCACACCCUAAGAGAGUUACUCACAUCAGGUGUACCCAUAAUGAUAAUGUUUUCAAAGUCUGCUAAAGCGGACAUCACCAAUUACAUCGAUCAAUUCAAGCUCAGCGUUGUCAUAAUUAUUACAGAAUCGCUAUUGCAUGGAAAAAUACUACCAGAAUAUACCACAAGCUGUAGUACUGCUGAGAAUUUGUACGUGGAAGAGUACCACAGUCUUUCUCAACUCACUUCAGAAUCAGUACCAACUGAGAGUGCCACUAAAGAGAAAUCUCAUCUGCUUUUUUGAUCUCUGGGUGAAAGGUGACAACACUACCCAGGAUUAUGAUAAAUGUAAUGUUGGCAGAUUUGACUAUUUCCUAACGAUUUCCUCAUCUCAUUUCUCUCCCAGCUUUCAUGAAAACAAAGCUUGCCAACAAGCCGCAGGCUCUCUAUAAUAUCUUCUGAAUUUUUAUUUUCUGAUUCUUCUACCUAAUUGUUCUUUGAUUGCAGAGGUCUGCAAUUAUGCUGCCAAUCCUUGCUGUCAUGUCUGGUCUACAUGUACUAUACUUGGUAAGCAGGCUUAUGAAGAAUGGAGUGGGUGUAUUUGUCGAUAUGGCUAAAGACGCUGAUAGGAAAGAACCUAUAAUUGCGAGAAGUAUGCUAACAAAAUAUAUACACUCUGCAUAUAGUUUCAGGAAACAAACUUUACUGGUACAUAUAAUUUGUCUUCUGUUUAUCUUCUUUAUCCGAGCAAUCUCAAGGAUGAAACUUUUACAAAUGCUAGAAAUGCACCUAAUUAUGCUCUAAGAGAUAUUGAUGAAGCAUUAGCAGAAGGAACUAAGCAAGUCAUGGAAAGAAGGAUAUGCUUCUCUAUUCCGAUGAAAGAUUGGGUCAUCCCAAAAGAUGGACUGGAUCUACAUAAUAAUUACUGGAGCACUGAUAAACUUAUCGAUAAAGACAGAAAAUGCUCCACUUCAAUCAACAUUGGAUCAGCUCACACACAGUUGAUAUUCUAGGAGUAAGCAGCAUUCAAACUCCAACGUUUAAUUUGUCAAUGAGCUUAAUUAUUUCCUUACACUUUUGUACAGAUUUGUUGUUUCCGAUGUGUGAGUCCAUGAUUGACUCUGAUUUGAACUGCUUAGGAAUGAAACGAAGCAUCCUUCCCUGGUGAUAUUGCUAAAAAAUAAUUCGACUAUGGAUGUCUCAAGAACCCACCUGGAAAACAUUGGUAGACCCUAGCCUCUCGUAGUCAACCUAUGAUUGGAUUGUCCAACGAAACAAGUUAAAUCUCACAAGAGCACAACGUGCUUCUACACAAGAAAAGCAUUAUCGAAAACAAUCAUCUGUCCGUUCUGACGAUAAAACGUUCUCCAAUCAUUUGCUGCCAUCAUUGGCUCUCGUUGGCAGUGUCUUGCUUUUCCCCUCUCCCUCACUUCUGAAGACAUUGUGAGCAUCAACAGAGAGACAAGAGGAUCAGAGCCAACCAGAUGACAAGCACUCGUCAUGCUACAUGGUCAUACACUUUCCGUGUUUCAUAUCUGUACCACAUUAUGUUAGAUUUAGCUGCAUGCAUUCAAUUGCACUUACAUACUGUAGAUAUAGCUGUUCAAUCCAACACAUGUUUGUGUCGCUGAACUUUCAGAACUCAUGCCUUGCCACGUAAGCAAAAAUUACUUACUGCUACACUUCCAAUUGUCAUUUUUUUACUGAUAUAAUUAAUAUAAUUAUAUGCAACAUCUUACGUCCUUCAAAAUUAGCACAUUUUUGUUACUACUGUACAGUUAUUCUAAUGUUGUCAACUCUGACCAGAAUUAAAUUAAUUUUUGCACUCAG